AUGUGUAUGUCUUUCACCGUAUUCAUGUGCUCUGUGUUGUAAUAUGUCUUUCUCCGUUUCAUAUACCAUCUCUAAUAGGGAUGAUCUUUCCAUGACCAGGAUUUCUGGAAAAACUGAGCACUAUUAGUGCAUACUUUCUGCUAUUGUACUAUUAGUGCAUACUUAGAAGGAAUCAAACCCAAGAAAACAGAACUUUGACAAAAACGGAAAAAAAAGGAAAAAGCAGAGACUUGUUUACAGGACUCAUUGCAAUGCAGUAUCUCUGCCCGUAUCCUGGUAAUUAUGUGCUGUACUUUCAGGUCUGGACUUUUGUUUCCUGUGCUGUGUUUGUUUCUCUAAAGCGAAAAGAAGAAGAAAAGGAAACAAGAAAACUCUCUUUUUCGUUGGACUUGAGUGUAUUCUACAUCAAAUUGCUCUUGAGCCCAGAGAAUCUUUGUAAGCUCUCUCUUUCAAAAUGGAAGCCAAGGUGCCCAGAUUCUUCGAGGUGUUGCCUCCUGGUUUUCAUGCCAGACUGAGGCUUCCACGGAUUAUAUCAAGGAAACUGCGUGAAAAGGAGACACAAAAAGUUUUGUUGAUAACGGUAAAGGGAAACUCUCUGGUCACUAUCCAAAAAUUACAAGAUGGGAGGCUAUGGUUCACCAACGGGUGGUAUGCUUUUGUCCUCAAGCAUGGCCUUACUACUGGAGACUUUAUCACUUUUAAACACAUGGGUAGCUCCAAUUUCAAAGUCACAGUUUAUACCGAGACCUGCUGUGAGAAGGAUUUCAUUGAUGAACCUGAGGCAGAAGUUAAGGCUCAAACAUUGGAGAAAAAUGCCAGCCCAUUGGUAGAGUCUGAAGCUGAAGAAGUGCCUCCCCCGCCUCCUUCUCCUACUCAACACCAUUUUCAUAUGAAUGAUGGUUCAAAUUCUAGGGAGGGACUUAAUUGGAAUCAUCUUUUGGAGGCAUCAACAGAUGAGCUGCCGUUGAGAUCAGCAAUAGUCGGAAAGCUUUCUUAUAAAGUGUUUCUUCCCCCGGCGAUGGCAGGAGGUGCGGAAGGGAUGCUUACGUUCAGUUGGCGGUUCUUAAAGGUCAUGUUUCCCGGUUUUGAGACUCAACUGACUCUGCCGCCCUUGGUUUGUGAAAAACUUAAUGGAGAGAAGUCAUCAAAAGCAACUUUAGUUACUGCAAAGGGUUCAUGGGAUGUGGAUAUAGAAAAUGGUGACCAAGGAAACCUUUGUUUUGGGAAGGGGUGGGAUGCAUUUGUCAUGAACCAUGGAUCAAGAGUGGAAGAUUUUGCAGUAUUUGAAUACAUAGGUGGAAUUGGCUUUAAUGUUUCAUUGUUAGACAAAAGUGGCAUUGAGAAAAAGAUGGAUUCUGUUAAUCCAGGAGAGGAAGAUGAUCAGAAGAUAGAUUCUACUAAACCCAACCCAAUCAAUGAAGAGCGCUUUAAGCUUUUUGCUGUGAAGGUGGAAAGGGAUGAAGACAUUAUCACUUCUCAACUCAAUUCUCGUCUUGCUCCACUUUUGCAAAUAUUGGCUGAGAUGGACAAUGAGGAUUUCACUUCUUAUGAUGGAGAGAAAAGGACCGCCUCCAAUCACUAGCCCAUCUGGUAAUUCAGUUAACAGGGAACUUAUCCCUUUUCAAGUUGAUGAUGUCAAACCAAUUUCCCAAAUAAAACCUCAGAAUAAUGACAUAAAAAGCGGUUCUACAAAGCGGAAAAGGGAGGAUGGUGCGAAAAAAGUGGAUAGUACUAUCCUUUCUUAAACCUGGAUUUCAGCCUAUCCUCCCUUUUAAUGUCCACUUUUUUCGCACUGUCCUCCCUUUUCCGCUUUGUAGAACCGCUUUUUAUAUUAUUAUUCUGAGGUUUUAAUUGGGAAAUUGGGUUGACAUCAUCUACUUGAAAAGGGAUAAGUUCCCUGUUAAGUGAAUUACCGGAUGGGCUAGUGAUUGGAGGCGGUCCUUUCUCUCCAUCAUAAGAAGUGAAAUCAUCAUUGUCCAUCUCAGCCAAUAUUUGCAAAAGUGGAGCAAGAUGAGAAGUGAUAAUGUCUUCAUCCCUUUCCAGAUUACGGGUACAUAUAAGAUCUCUCUUUCAAAAUGGAACUCAAGGUGCCCAGAUUCUUCAAGGUGUUGAUUCCUGGAUUUCAUGCCAGACUGGUAUUCUUCAAAGUGUUGCUUCCUGGAUUUGAUGCCUGUCUGAGGCUUCCACCUAUAAUGUCAUGGAAGCUGGGCGAAAAGGAAGCAAAAAAAGCUAUGCUAAUAACUAAAAAGGGAACCUCUGCGGUCACUAUCCAGGAAUCGCAAGAUGGGGGGCUGUGGUUCACCAAUGGGUGGCAUGCUUUUGUCCUCAAACAUGGCCUUGUAGCUGGAGAUUUUAUCACUUUUAAAUGCAUGGGUAGCUCUAAUUUCAAAGUCACAGUUUAUACUCUGACCUGCUGUGAGAAGGAUUUCAUUGAUGAACUUGAGACAGAAGAUAAGGCUGAUACGGGGGCGAAUAAUGCCAGACCAUCGGUGAAGUCUGAAGCUGAAGAAGUGCCUCCCCCUCCUCCUACUCAACAUCAUUUCCGUAUGAAUGAUGGUUCAGAGGCCAGGAGGUUCAAUUUCUAUGGGAGGGAGGAAGAUGAUCAGAAGAUACAUUCUGCCAAACUCAACCCAAUCAAUAAAAAACACUUCGAGGUAUCUGCUGUGAAGGUGGAAAGGGAUGAAGACAUCUGCCCCCCUAGACCCCUCCCUAGGUCCUCCACUGAUCACUCAUUAACUCAAUGAUAAUUUCUCUUCCCAAGAUGGAGAGAAAGGACUAUCUCCAAAUACUACUCGAUCUUGCAAUUCAGUUAAUAGGUAAUAAAGUACCUAACAAAGUCUGCAGUUUUCAUUAAUAAUGAAGUCAUACCAUCUCCUUCAUCGAUCUCUUUAUAUGCAUGUCCCUGCAGGAUUUCUUAAUAUGUUUAUCAAAAUGCAAGACUAACUCUGAGAGGGCCAAUGGUUGAGCAAGAAGUCAGCCUUAGGGUUUGCAAGGGAGGGAGCACCAAAUAUGCAGUCAUCACUGAAGAAUUCAAUUGCAACAACCAUGAAGCUUCCUCCAUGUGCAAGCAACAACCAUGAAGCUUCCUCCAUGUGCAAGCAACAACCAUGAAGCUUCAUCCAUGUGCAAGAAUGACAAAGGGAGCUUCCUCAAAGUUUCCUCAUGUUUAAUCCCACCUUCCUCCCACCUUCAUAGUACCUAGUUUUGGUGCUAUAAAUAGAGAGCUUGGAGAGUCUUUUUAUUAUCAAGUAAAUUAGAAUAGAUCAUCAUAGCACAACCAAGAAGAGUUGUGAAUAUCCUUGAGAGAUAUGUGAGGUGUUGUUUUGAGAGUUUUUUAAUUAGAGCUUGUAUGUCUCUUCUUUCUAUUCUUGAAAGUAAUAGAAGUGUUUUUCUCUCAUAUUAGCACGAUCCUGUUAUUCCCAACAAGUGGUAUCAGAGCCUGGCUGAGCUUUUGGUAUUUUUUCCCCAGAAUUUUCGGAUAAAAUUCUACUGUCUGAAAAUUCGUGUUUUUUGGUUUUGCUCGCAAUUGCAAUCUGAAUACACCGUUAGAUUCGUCUCGUCGAGACGAGAAAACUGGUAUUUUUUGGUAAUUUUUAGGCCAACGGAAGCCACCACACGCGCCGCCUACGUGCCGAUGGUGAGGAGCUCGCUGACGUCAUCCCUGACGUCAUUCUGCACGCAUGCCAGAGGUUGAAGACAGCUGACGUCAUCAGCCAGUCAGAGCUGUGUCAGCGACACAUCAGCGCCACGAGUGCACAUCCGCCACAUCAUCAGCUCACUGCCAUCUUCCACCAGCGCCCAGUCAACUGCCACGUCAACGCCCAGUUAGCGCCACGUCAUCUGCCACGUCAUCUGCCACGUCACCGGAAGAAUCACCGUAUCCCUCACUUGUAAAAGGUAAUGCUAACUGCUGAGUCCAUUGUCAUUCUCGGGAAACAUGAAACAUAGUUGUAGGUGGGGCACCAACUAUGACGCCAUUACGAGGAACCGGUCUGAUUAGAAACCAAGGUCUGGACUCUUGUUUCCUCUGCUCUGUUUGUUUCUCUAAAACUAAAAAGAAGAAAAGGAAACAAUAAAACUCUCUUUUUCGUUGGACUUGAGUGUAUUCUACAACAAAUUGCUCUUGAGACCAGAGAAUCUUUGUAAGCUCUCUUUCAAAAUGGAAGCCAAGGUGCCCAGAUUCUUCAAGGUGUUGCCUCCUGGUUUUGAAGCCAGACUGAGGCUUCCACCGAUUAUAUCAAGGAAACUGGGCGAAAAGGAGGCACAAAAAGUUUUGUUGAUAACUGGAAAGGGAACCUCUCUGGUCACAAUCCAGAAGUUACAAGAUGGGAGGCUAUGGUUCACCAACGGGUGGCAAGCUUUUGUCCUCAAACAUGGCCUUACUACUGGAGACUUUAUCACUUUUAAACACAUGGGUAGCUUCAAUUUCAAAGUCACAGUUUAUACCGAUACCUGCUGUGAGAAGGAUUUCAUUGAUGAACCUGAGGCAGAAGUUAAGGCUCAAACGCUGAAGAAAAUAGCCAGCCCAUCAGUGAAGUCUGAAGCUGAAGAAGUGCCUCCCCCGCCUCCUCCUCCUUCUCCUCCUCCUCCUCCUCCUCCUCCUACCCAUCACCAUUUUCAUAUGAAUGAUGGUUCAAAUUCCAGGGAGGGACUCAAUGGGAGAAGGACACGGGGAAAUCCCUACUUUUCCAAAAGCAAAAGGAAAGCUUUUCCUUCCCCGGCCAAUUCCCAAGAGCCUAGCAACAUGGCGUCUGUGAAAUUUGAAGAGGACAGUGUUGAAAUUAGCCCCCCUAUAAAAGUGAAAAAAGAAGAUGAAAGAUUUCCUUUCCAAGUAAAAACACCAGUAAACAUGUUUGCUGCUAAAAAGAAGAGGCGUCGUCGACGUCAAUCCCGAGGACAAGUAGAGGUGCUUGAACUAACGAUGAAGGAAUACAAUAUCCGCUCUCGAUCUCCCUAUUUGCACUUGCCUGUAGAUUAUUGUGUUGCGGCUGGGCUGGACAUGAACUCGAGGUUGAUUCUUAGAGGUCCUUACGGUGAUCAAGGUGUGUCCCUAAGAGUCUGCACUGGUGGCAACACGAGAUACUCGGUGAUCACGAGAGGGUGGCCAGAAUUCAUUGCCACAAACAAUCUGAAAGUUGGGGAUGUUUGCAUUUUCAAACGCCUUGACAUAGGAACCUCUGAUGCAAUUGUAUUAGAUGUUGAAUUUGGCAAUCAGGGACAAUAAAACUGGGGUGAACACUUAGCUCUCUUACCUUGUAAAACAACUUCCCUAUUGAGACUUAUUAUGUGUAAACUAUCCACCUACUGUUUAGUGAUCUAAAAGUGGUUUAACAGGUUAUUAUCAAUAUGUGAGAAGGGUUAA